AUGCCGCUUUGUCUCACCUUCAUUGACUUGAAGAAGGCCUUCGACUCAGUUGAGACGGAAGCGGUCGUGGAAGCCUCGGACAACCAAUGCGUCCCUACUCAGUACAUAACGGUACUUCGAGAGUUGUACAGUAACUUCACGAUCGGAAUUUCGUCAUUCUGCAAGAAUAUCACCACUGGGGUGAAAAGGGAGGUCCGACAGGGUGAUACAAUCUCACCCAAAAUAUUCACAGCCACCCUCGAGAACGCAAUGCGAAAGUUGGAAUGGGACGACAUGGGAGUGAAGGUUGAUGAUCGGCAGAUACACCAUUUGCGCUUCGCUGAUGACAUCGUACUGAUGACACCUAGCAUAAGCCAAGCGGAACGAAUGCUGACCGAAUUCGACGAAAAAUGUAGAUGCAUCGGUCUUCAGCUGAAUCUGCAAAAGACGAUGUUCAUGCGUCUCGGAUGCCCCAUUCACGCUCAACGGAACGAAUAUAUCCGAAUGCACCAGCUACAUUUAUCUGGGUCGAGAAUUGAACAUGAACGACCUGACCCCCGAGCUGGACAGGAGGACAGGAGCGGCUUGGGGCGGUAUAAGAGCAUCGAGGAUGUAGUGAAGGAGACCAGGAACACCCGGCUUUGUGCUCACUUCUUCAAAACCACCGUACUUCUUGCACUGACCUAUGUUUCGGAAACCUGGGCAUUUCGCAAACAGGAAGAAAACGCGGUGAGCGUCAUUGAACGCGCAAUUGAGAGAGUGAUGCUAGGAGUAUCCCGUUUCACGCAAGUGAGGGACGGGAUUCGAUGUCCUCUCCUACGUCAGCGAUCGAAAAUUAAAGACGCCGCCGCGUUUACCGAGGAAAGUGAAAUAAGGUUAUUAAGAUAUUAA